GUUUUGUUAUCGUCUACAUUUCAUUUCGUAAACUCGGAGUACAAUCAUGAUGGCUGACUUCGAUGCAAUAUAUGAGGAAGAAGAAGAAAAUGAGGGACCUUUGGAAGAAACAUACGUUGCAAUGGUUCCCGAUCCCGUUGUCGUGAGAGGAGCAGGGAAUAUGACAGUGUUUGGCCUGAGUAAUAGGUUUGAUUCAGAAUUUCCUAAUGGCCUUGUUUCACGUGUUGCUCCUGAGGAGUAUAAGGCUACAGUAAUGCGUGUUAACAGCAUCCUGAAGAAAACACUUCCUGUCAAUGUUAAAUGGUUGUUCUGUGGAUGUGUAUGUUGCUGUUGCACAUUGGGAUGUUCGCUGUGGCCUGUGAUUUGUCUCAGUAAGAGAACUCAGCAUUCUAUAGACAAGUUAUUGGAAUGGGAAAAUAGCCACUUGUAUCAUAAAUUAGGUCUCCAUUGGCGGCUUGCUAAACAGCGUUGUGAUUCUUCAUCUAUGAUGGAAUAUGUUCUUCUCAUUGAAUUCAUUCCAAAAAUUCCAAUCUAUAGGCCAGAUUAAUCAAGAUUAAAUUGGUGUUGUAAUACUGCAUGAUAUUUUUUCCCAUUUUUAACAAUAUGGCGUGCAGAUAUUGACAACAUUGAGCAGGACCUGAAGUGCAUAAUGGGCCUCAAGAACUGGAAUUCUCUCACAAGAUUUUCAAGCCACAUUUACAGCACGCUUAGUGAUUGUGAUUUUCUAAUUGUUUUAGAACUACUCAUCAGUAGAUGGCGAACAAUUAAGUGCAAGAAUCAGUUGUAGGUCAUAUUCACUUUUAUUGAUAUUUAAAAGAAGUACCAUUGUCAUCAUGGCCAGACAAGGACAAGAAGAAUCUGAUUAGUUCUCUUGAAUUGUUCAACUAAAAUUAUGCAUUGAUGCUGCUGAUAGACUUAGUUAGCAGUUUUCAUAUGCAUGCCUGGUGCCUAUUUGCACAUCACUGCUUUGUGUCAACUAGAACCAGUUCUCACAUUUUGCAUGCAUUAAUCUUAACAUUUGAAGUGGAUUGAUACAAAGUAUAUUUUGUUCUCCAGCGAUGUGAUUCCACUUUUGUAUGAAUUACCUAGUUGUUUGUUAUUAAUUAUAAUUAUUUCUGUUUGUGAAUAUGGUGGUACAAUGUUAAGAGAUACAAGAACCUACGUUAAAUAGAAAAUAUUUUGUUUUAAAACGUAGCUUUGAGCAGUGCUUGCACUGAGCUGAAGUUCCCUGUCAGGCUGACAUGCACAGUCGAGAUACCAGACAAUAUACUUUCUGUAGAUUGUUGUUAAUAACUGUUAUUUUUGCUGGUAGGGCACAUCUUGUCACAAAUAACAAAUGAAGACUGAGUCUUGUUUUUGUAUUGAAAGAAGUGUGUCUAAAGAUACUAUUUAUUUCAAUGUUUUACCUAAGUAAGUGCUUUGUAUUAGAGACAAUUUUUAUAAUUUCUUUUUUUAAUCACAGAAACAGUAGUGGUAAAUCUGAUUGAUAUAUGAAUCUGGAAUUUGCAACUGCCAUGGAAAGUGCAUGUAAGUCAGGCAGGUUUUUUAAGGGCGUAGAGUAGGUGGUGUGUGAAAGGUUAAUGAUAACGUGAGUAGUUUACUGAAGAGAAAAGAGCAUUUGAAUAUUUGGAUGGCAAAUGUACAUUUUUGGUGUGGAAGAUUGUGCUGAAUGUGUGACGGGUAAUAGAAUCUCACAUCUUGCAGAUGGUAGGGUAAUAAAUGAGUUUUAUUUUGCAAAUUUUGAGAUAUUUUCUUUUCAAGAAAUUUAUAUUUAAUGGCACAAAUGCCAUUUAGUGCUCAAACUGUAGUUUGCAUGUUAAUGCACAAUGAAUUCACGUUUAACAAAAAUUGAAAAUGCACAUUUAAUUUUCUUAAUCGAAUGAAGGCCUAAGAAAGAUUUAAUUUUAUUCUCUCAUUUAUACUUGUUAAAUGGCCAGUAACAGUAAUUGUGGUUAUGAUUUUUCUAAUAAUCAGUGUAAGUGUUAGUGACAAACCACACUAGGAAAUUUGUGACAGAAACGUGUUGACAAGUUGACCUUUGUGUAUGGCAUAUGCAUACUCGUGCAAUUACAGAAUUAAAUUUUAGCACAGUGUUAUGAUUGAAUUGUUUGGUUAACUUGUCAUGGUGUAAUUUCUAUCCGUUUGUGUCUAAAAAUUUAACUAAUGCAAGACAUGCUGUGUGCUGAAUUUGUGUAAAUUGUGUAAUAUACCAUGCUUAUGGACUAACUAUAAAUAUCAGUCAAAUGGGUUUAGAAUAUGAGGGACCAGUCAGAUUGUAAUGGUGUUUGUUGGUAUAUCUUCUUUAUAAGGGUAGAAGCAAUUUUUGUAAAUAUUAUUAUGUAGAUAUAAAUGUUACAAAAAGUCUAUUCGAUCUCAUAUAACUUAUUUUAAAUUUGUGAGAGUAUGCUUUUGUUUCGAGAUGCCUGGAUGCUUCCAGAGCUCAAUAAUUCUUUGGUACCGAGUACACAAUAUAUUUGUUUCAUUUAUAUUGUAUCAUGCAUUUCAUGAAGUUUGAAAACUUGCUGAAAAUGUGAAUGGUUGAUAUUUAUAGCUAGCCCCAUGAUUAUUAAUGGGCUGUACAUGUCAUAUAUUCUAUAUUUCCGUUAUCUAAUACUGUUAAAAUUUGUGUAUGCUUACAAUUUUGUGAUAAUAUAAGAAUUACUCUCAACAUUUAUAUAUAAUUAUUAAACUUCAUCAAAUUUGGAAGAACUGACAUUUUAUUGUCUCUUCCUAAUAAAGAUAUACCACAUCUUUCAUUGUUAUCAUUGACCUUAAAUUCACUUCUAAUUGAAUUACAUAUAUAUAAUUUAGCUAAUGUUGUCAAGUAUACAAUACUUUUAUUUUCAUUGGCAUUUGUUAAGCAAAAGUCAGUUAAAAUCUGUCUAGUUAAACCUAAAACUUUAUAAUUUUAAAAUAUUUAUAAGGUGUUGCUUUCGUUUUCCCUUGAUAAAUUGAUGCUGAGACAUUCAGGUCUUACUUUUCUGUGCACUUUAACCCUUCAAUACAACUUGGGGCAGAUCUUUGUAAUAUAUGAUGGAUCACAUUGUGCAGAACAGAACCAAUCCCUUACUUACAAUUACUUCUAUUGUAAUGACAACAACAAUAACAUCUGUCUUUUAAUUUAUAAAGUAUUUUUAUUUCUCAAUUUUAUAAAAUGUAAAUAAUAACUGAAGAUAUGCAGCAUCCCAUUUUUCAAAUAAAAAAAUGAGUUUAAAAUCUAUCUUCAUCAUCCUUGAUGCUCACAUCAUAUGGAAUGAUGUAGUACAAGUGUCUAGUUACCAAGAAUUGACCCAAACUUCGUAAAUUUUGAAACAUGAUGGAAUUACUUUUCCUGUGACCCAUAGUGGUGAAAAUUCUUCUUUUCUCAAGAACACCAGACCCAGAAAAGCUAUUGCUUUGUAACACUUCAAAGGAGUUCUUUCUGCUUGCAUUCAUGCCUGCAAUAUGUAAUCUCUUAAAUUUUUUUGGAGAGAUUUCAGUGUUGGGGAGCUGGUCAGUGUAAGAACAGACAGCUUCAUUAAAUGAAAAGCUGUUGCUGUGGUAUCAUACAUUAUUUUUAAUGAUGUUUAUGCAUUAAGAACAGUUUGCAUUAUCAGUCAUCUUAAUAUUGUGAUUAUACCCUGUGCAACAGUCUAGCUAAAUUUUUGUUUAUUGAUUUUUCUUUCAACAUUCUCUUCAAUGUACGAGUACUUCAGCAAUUAUCUCAUAUUACAAUACAUUCUUUCUUAUGCAUAUAAGGAAGCUGAAAGUGUUAAGUGUUCCUUAAACGUUUCAAGACAAUUACCAAGGAUGGGAUUCUAUUUUGGCAAUAUGAGAUAAUUUUAAGUAAGGAAUA